AUGGCGCAGGCGGGGAGUGCCGGUGCGGGGGCCUGGGGUCGGCGGGGCGCGGGCGCAGGUGCGGGCCCGGAGCGCGCGCCUGGGCGCUGGGCCCCCGCGCUGCUCUGGCUGGCGGCGGCGACGGCGGCGGCGGCGGCGGGCGACCCCUCCCGGCGCCAGUGGCCGGUGCCCUACAAACGCUUCUCCUUCCGUCCGGAACCAGAUCCUUAUUGUCAAGCUAAAUAUACUUUCUGUCCCACUGGCUCCCCUAUCCCGGUGAUGAAGGAUGACGAUGUCAUUGAAGUCUUUCGAUUACAAGCCCCAGUGUGGGAAUUUAAAUAUGGAGACCUCCUGGGACACUUGAAAAUCAUGCAUGAUGCCAUUGGAUUCAGGAGUACUUUAACGGAGAAGAACUACACGAUGGAAUGGUAUGAACUCUUCCAACUUGGAAACUGCACGUUUCCCCAUCUCCGACCUGAAAUGAAUGCCCCUUUCUGGUGUAAUCAAGGAGCUGCCUGCUUUUUUGAAGGGAUUGAUGAUAAUCACUGGAAGGAAAAUGGGACGUUAGUUCUAGUAGCAACCAUAUCAGGAGGCAUGUUUAACAAAAUGGCAAAGUGGGUAAAACAGGACAAUGAAACAGGGAUUUAUUAUGAGACAUGGACUGUCCAAGCCAGCCCGAAAAAGGAGGCAGAGAAAUGGUUUGAAUCCUACGACUGCUCCAAAUUUGUGUUAAGGACCUAUGAGAAAUUGGCUGAACUUGGAGCAGACUUCAAGAAGAUAGAAACCAACUAUACAAGGAUAUUUCUUUACAGUGGAGAACCUACUUAUCUGGGAAAUGAAACAUCUGUUUUUGGGCCAACAGGAAACAAGACUCUUGCUUUAGCUAUAAAAAAAUUUUAUUACCCUUUCAAACCACAUUUGUCAACUAAAGAAUUUCUGUUGAGUCUCUUGCAAAUUUUUGAUGCAGUGGUUAUACACAGAGAGUUCUAUUUGUUUUAUAAUUUUGAAUAUUGGUUUUUACCUAUGAAAUCCCCUUUUAUUAAAAUAACAUAUGAAGAAAUCCCUUUACCUAACAGAAAGAACAGAACACUCUCUGGUUUAUAAAACCUUAAUUCUACUGCUUUUCUUUCUACCAGCACAUCAGUUUUUCAGGGAGUGGUUUUACAAGUGUGGGAUUUCUUAGGCCUUUCUUCCUUGGGGCAGAAAGCUAACAUACUUAUGGGGAGCAUUGCUUGCAUAAUGGUACCUCAAGAAUUUUUGGAAAGCUGUAAACUCUUACUGUGUUGGCCAAAGUGAACCCAUGAGGUGAUCUGGAUUUCAAUCUCCAAGCCUUCGUUCAUAUGAGAAUUAUAUCACGUCAGAUAUAAAGGAUCUUUGGACUCGAUGUUACAUUGUGGGUAUGGUGUGCCAAGGCUUAAAUUAAAAUACCUUUGGUGACAUUCUCAUGGUGGAAGCUACUUUUUCAAGGUAUGAUGGUUACGCAUUUUCUCAUUUAAGUACGUUUUGGUAGUUUUAACGGACUUUAUAGCCUUUUUAACUUCAGGAGCCAGGUCUUGCAGUUUGAUUUUGUUGUAUUCACUUACCUUUAAAGCGUAAUUUGGACACCAUAGCUGGAGCGGUCGUGUGUCCAGAUGCGGUAAAAUCAGUGGUAAACAGCACAGGUUUCCACCUAACGUUUCAGAACUAGCCAGUAACCAGCAAUUUGUGACUUAAGCAACUUAACAUUUCCUAACGUCAGUUUCCUCAUCUCUAAAGCGAUGUUAGGACUGUUACAAAGAUUGAAGCCAUGUAUAGUUUGGUCUAGUGAGGCCCCAGUAAGUGGUUAACUGUAAUGAUUAAUCAAAGAAGAAACUGCCAUCAUUGAUCUUAUCUAAUGUUUACAUGCCAGCCUCUCCUGACUUUGUAACAACCACUUAGCCAUUGAACUGGCAGCUUAGUGCUCCUGCAGUUCUUCAAACAUACAGGUCGUGGGAGCAGCUGACUGCAAGUUAUGUCUGGGUGAAUAGGCACGCUCUUAACUCCUCACUGCUUCACAGUCCUUCCGCCACACACUAAAGAUACAGCAAUAGAUGGAGGUACACUUCCCAGAGAGAGGGCAGGUUUUUGUCAGGGAUCACCAAGUAGCUCUGCUUCUCUUAGGGCCGUCAAACAAGGUUUCAAGGUCCUUAAAGUGGCUGAUGAUCAACUGAACACCUUAUUUCUCUCCAUUGGAAAAAAUACUAGUCAGUAAAAUGAUGCAGAGAUCAGAGGAAACAGUCUGUAUUUAAUAUUUAAACAUACCAAUCCUAUUCCGUUUCUGCCCACAUUUGAGUGCUUCCUAAGAGGUUAGCACACUGAGUUUUCAUAAAAAGCCUAAGCAUAGGUACUGUUUACAUGAUUCAAAUGAGGAAACAGACCUUUCCACAGCUACCCAACUAGUGGUAAUGGAGCCUUAUUUUGAACCAGGUUCUGCUGACUGAAUGGGAUGCAGUCAAGCAGGGUUUUUCAGCGCUCCUCAAAGUGUGGUCCUCAGACCAAGGCCUGGGCCAAAUGUGACUAACCCCAUGUGUUACUGGUCUGUGAGGAGGUACUCUGAAAGCAACUUAGACUAAUUUUGUUUCUGUUGAAUCCUAAUUUUAAAAAAAAAUGGAGCUUGUACUUUGUCUUUGCUUUUCUUUCACUUGCCUAGGAAUUCAUAAGUCGUCUUCAAAACUAGAGGCACUAAAACACAGUCUGAAAACAAAAACCCAGCCCUUUAGCACAAGUAGCUCGAGAAGCACCACACCAUUAUGCUGAUGCCUGCUGCAGGGAGGGCGUCUUACCCACGUGGACACACAGAACUUGCUCUCACUGCCUCCAUCCAGCUGACUCAUGUUAAUAGCAUAAAACAUUUCUCAUUACUUUUGCCUCUAACCUGCUGGAUGUCUUCAGAAUGUGUCCUAAGAAAACUUGGAUUCUGCAUUAUCACCAUCUAGUGGCUAAAAGCAGGCAAUGUCAGCUUCUACAGACUUCUCAGGAAAACGGCUCUGGGAAACUGUUUUGGACUUCUAGAACUGCACUGGGGUAACAAGCAGAAACUGCUGUGCCAGGUUUGUGAUAACUGUCAAUCAGAGAACUUCGCUGCAAAGACAAAUCAGCACAACCGUACCUGGGACUUGAAUGCAAGAUUCUAACAGUUACAUUGCUUCCCUAGUGGCUCAGAUGGUAAAGGAUCUACCAGCAAUGCAGGAGACCCAGGUUCAAUCCCUGGGUUGGGGAAGAUGCCCUGGAGAAGGAAAUAGCAACCCACUCCAGUAUUCUUGCCUGGAGAAUCCCAUGGAGAAGCCUGGCAGGCUGCUUACAGUCCAUAGGGUCUCAAAGAGUGAGACACAACUGAGCAACUGACACACACAAAAAGCAUUCACAGGUUUUCUAAGAAUACUAACUGGAGAAAUUCUAUGAAAGUGACAUAUAGACUCAGGUGACUGUAACAGACUACGGCAUUCAUGUUAAGUACUGCUGAAGAAUUUAUCAGACCUGCCAACUAUGCUUAGAAGAUGAAGGCUUUGAAGCAGAGAUGAUUCAGGAACAAGCUUUUAAAAUGAUUAUUGGGAAACCAAAACAAUUCCCAAUUAAAUUUUGCUGUCAUCCGAACUACUAUGUAACUUACACGCGAUUUCUGUUUUUCUGUUAAGUUG